AUGUCUCCAGCCAUGGCUCCUGCGCCCGACGCCGGCGGCGGCAAGGAGAACGCGGAGGGCGCGACCGAGGCUCGGGCCAAGUCGGCCGUGCGCGUCCGCCUGGAGGACCGCUUCAACAGCAUCCCCGCCGAGCCGCCCUCCGUCCCCCGCGGCGCCGAGCCCCCCGAGCCCGGCGUGGCGCUCAACAACAGUUUGGUAACUCUUAUCCGACAUCCGUCCGAGUUAAUGAACGUCCCUCUUCAUCAGCAACAAAACAAAUGCACAACGUUAGUGAAAAAUAAAACCGCCGCGGCGGCGGCCACGGCCCUGCAGUUCGCGUACCCGGUGUUCACGGCGAACGCCUGCUCCGCUGGCUCGAGCCUUUCCCAGACGCAGAGCUCUGGGAACGCCUGCUCUGUGCUCGGAGCUGCCAAGCACCAGGAGAUCGGAUUGCCUAGAGCAUUUUCUUUCUGUUACCAGCAGGAGAUUGAAUCCACUAAGCAGACCUUGGGCAGCAGAAACAAAGCUGUGCCUGAGCAGGUUUGGAUUAAAGUAGGAGAAGAAGCGCUAUGUAAGCAAGCGAUAAACAAGAGGAAUCGGAGUAGAAUUCGUCAGCUGGACACGAACGUGGAGCGAAGAGCCCUUGGGGAGAUUCAGAACGUGGGCGAGGGCCCCACCGCCGCGCAGGGAGCUUGGCCCCCCGUGGAGGCCUCGCAGGCAGACCUCGGGGAGCAGGGCCGGAGCGGGCCCCAGGGAGGCAGGUCGCAGCGCCGGGAGAGGCACAACCGCAUGGAGAGAGACCGAAGGCGCAGAAUCCGCAUCUGCUGUGAUGAGCUGAACCUCCUGGUCCCGUUCUGCAAUGCCGAGACGGACAAGGCCACGACGCUGCAGUGGACCACGGCGUUCCUCAAGUACAUGCAGGAGAGGCACGGGGACUCUCUCAAGAAGGAGUUUGAGGCUGUGUUCUGCGGGAAAACCGGCAGGAGGCUCAAGCUGACCAGAGCGGACCCCUUGGCGGCGCGCCCCGCACCGGAGAGCCUGCAGAGCAGCCCGGCCAUGGACGUCAAGUGACCGGCGGGGACGCCCGAGCGGGCUCUGCGCGGACGCUGGUGCGGAACAGAACGCUCGCCGGCCGCCUGAGCCCGAGACCGCCCCGGCACAGACACUUCUCGGUUACCUGCCUGACUCCGUCAUGCUUUCUUAACACGACGACUCUGAAAACUAACAUCCUUUGUCAUUUCCGUAGACUUAAAAGGUAUAUUGCUUUUGACUUAUUUUAUUUACAUUUUGGAUGUGCCCACGUAGCCACCAGAACAAGUUCAGUUGUUCUUAGUUACAAGUAGUUUGGAAAUUUCACUGGUUCUCUCUCCCCUGUGCAGGCGCCUGGCUCCGGCCUCCCUCUGGGCGUCUCCCAGACCCCCCGCGAAGCCCUUUCUGUCCGUCGGUGAAGUGUUGUCACAGCGGGUGACUCGGUGCCCUCGUUUCCAUAUUGAGAGUCCUUGCUUUCUGUAUAAUAAACUCUAUAGUGUUUGGAACCGA